AUGGCUCAGAACUACCACUUAUCUUCUUUUUUACUACUUACAUUUCACAAUUUAUUUUAUAUUGAUGGCAACAUAACUGGAGCAACUGCACAACACCUUCUAGAGACGCCCCUCCCUGAGAUACCUAAACCAGAACUCCCCAAAGUGCCAGCGUUACCAAAGACUGAAAUCCCAACUGUGCCGAAACCUAAGUUUCCAACCAUACCAAAGCCUAAGAUCCCUGCUGUUCCAAAGCCUGAGAUACCAACUUUCCCGAAGCCCCAAUUACCAACUUUGCCAAAUCCUAAGAUGCCUGAGAUUCCCGCAAUGCCAAAACUAGAGUUUCCUCCCUUGAAAAAGUCAGAAAUCCCAGCAGUGCCAAAGUCUGAGGUUCCUCCGGCUAUGAAAAAGCCUGAAGUUCCAACUUUACCAAAGCCCGAGCUACCGAGUGUGCCAAAGCCAGAAAUUUCAGAACUAUCAAUAUCACGCCCCGAGCCUACACCCUAG